AGAAGAGACCUAACGUCCUACGUCCUAACAUUCAACAAACCAAGUGGCGAUAGUAACUGUUUUCUGGUUUUUGUUACCUUUUUUACAUUCUCUUCUGUAUGAACUGAAAACAUCGAAAACAAAAUAAAUCAAAAGCAGAAACAUAAAAAUACACAAUCCGGCUUCGGUUUUGCUUGAUCAUUUACUGUAGUGAUGGACAUAACGAGUCCGAUUGGUUCGUGUUCCAAAGAGCACCAGAAGAUCUACCAGGAAUGGUUUAAUCACGCCGAUUCAGAUGGUGAUGGUCGAAUUACGGGUACUGAUGCAAUUAAGUUCUUCUCUUUGUCGAAUUUACCACGACAAGAUCUCAAGCAGGUUUGGGCAAUUGCAGAUUCCAAGAGACAGGGAUAUCUUGGUCUCAGAGAGUUCAUAACUGCUAUGCAGCUAGUUUCGCUAGCGCAAGAUGGACAUGCGAUAACACAUGAUCUCUUGAAUAGCAAUGUUGACUUCCAAAGUUUGAAACUUCCUGUAAUGGAAGGUUUGGAUGCUUUAAUUGCAAAGCAAAAGCGUUCAUCAAAGACAAGUGAUCCUGAUGUGAAUGGUAGUUCCCAACCUCAACCCUCACCUUCAGCUAGUUGGUUUUCUACGAAAUCAUCAAAAAAGUUAUCUCUGUCCUCUGUUACAUCGAUAGUGGAUGGCUUAAAGACAUUGUAUAUUCAAAAGCUAAAGCCAUUGGAAGUUACCUAUCGUUUUAAUGAUUUUGUAUCCCCAUUAUUGAAUAAUAGUGAUUUUGAUGCCAAACCAAUGGUCAUGCUUUUGGGCCAGUACUCCACUGGAAAAACAACAUUCAUAAAACAUAUGCUUAGAAGAGGCUAUCCGGGAGCUCACAUUGGACCCGAGCCGACGACUGACAGAUUUGUUGUUGUUAUGUCUGGACCUGACGAAAGAAGUAUACCAGGGAACACUGUUGCUGUCCAAGCUGACAUGCCAUUCCAUGGUCUCACAACUUUUGGAACUGCAUUUUUGUCAAAGUUUGAGUGCUCUCAAAUGCCACAUCCUCUUCUUGACCACAUUACAUUGGUAGAUACUCCUGGAGUUUUGUCAGGAGAGAAGCAACGUACGCAGCGAUCCUAUGAUUUUACUGGUGUAACAUCGUGGUUUGCUGCAAAGUGUGACCUCAUUCUACUUCUGUUUGAUCCUCACAAACUUGAUGUUAGUGAUGAAUUUAAGCGUGUGAUUUCAUCAUUACGUGGUCAUGAUGACAAAAUUCGUGUGGUUUUGAACAAGGCAGACCAAGUUGAUACUCAACAACUGAUGAGGGUUUAUGGAGCUUUGAUGUGGUCACUAGGAAAAGUACUUAAUACUCCUGAAGUUGCACGUGUCUAUAUUGGCUCAUUUAAUGAUAAACCAGUAAGUGAAGCUGUAACUGGUCCAAUUGGGAAAGAACUUUUUGAAAAAGAACAAGAAGACCUUCUAGCUGAUCUAAAAGACAUUCCGAAAAAGGCUUGCGAUCGCCGGAUCAAUGAAUUCGUGAAGCGAGCCAGAGCUGCCAAGAUACAUGCUUAUAUCAUCAGUCAUCUUAGAAAGGAGAUGCCUGCUAUGAUGGGCAAAGCCAAGACUCAGCAGAGACUCAUCGAUAAUUUGGAAGCUGAAUUUGGAAAGGUCCAAAGGGAGUUCCAUCUACCUCCUGGGGAUUUUCCAAAUGUUGAGCACUUCAAAGAGGUUUUGAGUGGUUACAGCUUCGACAAAUUCGAGAAGUUGAAGCCGAAAAUGAUACAAAAUGUCGACGACAUGCUAGGUUACGACAUACCUGAUCUAUUGAAGAAUUUCAGAAAUCCCUAUGAUUAGAUAGACCAAGACUGAAAUGUUGAAGGGCAUAAUAAUUUAUAUCUGUAUUUAAUACCUAUUUGUGAAAACAUUUGGAAAUUUUACAGGAAACAUAAAUUGGCUACUCGGUAUAGGAAUUAUUUCCUUUUUGAUUAUUAGAGGUGGAAGAAAUC